CAAGUUUAUUCGGUGCGCUCUCAUUUCAUUCAGUCCCGUUGCUGAGGUCACAGCAAACGUGGGACAUCACAAUGUCAAAGUCAGACCCCCCUCCGAGUUAUGAGGAGUCAAGACAGCAGCAGCAGCAGCAGCAUGGAAACUAUCCAUACCCUCCCUACGGAUUUUCAGUCCAGCCAGGGGUGUACACGGGCCCAGGACAGCCUGGCGUACACCCCCAAGCAGGGCUUUGGCAGGGUCCUGGAUACUGCCCUUCAGCCAUGCCAUCUAUGAUGCCGUCCUUUAUAGCACCAGGAAUAUUUUCCUCCAACCUAAGAGAUGCAGAGGGUAUUUCAUCAACUGGCGUAUGGGACAGCAUGAGUGUUCGGCAUGCCUUUAUUAGAAAGGUUUACCUUAUUUUAGCCGUUCAGCUGUUAAUCACUACUUCAAUCAUUGCAGUGUUUACGUUUGUUGAGCCUGUGCGUCUUUUUGUGGUCCAAAAUCCUGCCAUUUAUUGGGCAUCAUUCCCGGUGUAUCUUGUUACUUACCUUACGCUGGUUUGCUGUGAAGGGCCGAGGAGACGUCAUCCAUGGAAUUUAAUACUCCUGUUCGUUUUUACCCUUACAUUGUCUUACAUGACGGGAACAAUAUCAAGUUAUUUUGACACCAAAGCAGUGUUCCUUGCCCUGGGGAUCACAGCAAUAGUGUGUAUAAUCGUCACAGUCUUCUGUUUUCAGACCAAGGUUGACUUCACCUCGUGCACAGGUCUGCUGUGUGCUCUUUGUGUGGUUCUUCUGGUGACUGGCAUUAUCACAUCCAUUGUACUCUCCUUUCAGUAUGUGCCCUGGCUGCAUAUGCUGUAUGGUGCUUGUGGAGCAAUAGUCUUUACCUUGUUUUUGGCUUACCACACUCAGUUGCUCAUUGGAAACCGAGCGAACAGCAUCAGCCCUGAGGAAUAUGUCUUCGGAGCUCUUUCCCUCUAUGUUGAUAUCGUCCAGAUCUUUAUCUUCCUCCUGCAUAUCACGGGAAGCUCUUCAGAGUAAACAGACGCGUGUGUUCAAGCGUUUCUGUCUCAAGAGACUGAUUUUUCUUUGAGCUUAUCUUGACUUUUUCCAAUCACAUGCAUCUCAAAUAUUACCUUCAACACUACCGUUAUUAAAAUAAUUUAGUUGUGUUGCUUUAAAUAUUGUUCUACAGAGGCUACUCAUACUUUUACCAAAUUGAUUGUCACUUUAUACACAAGCACUUUAUUUUUGUAACGUUCCACAUAUUUGCAUUCUACUGUAAAAGCUUGAGCGUGAACUAAAACAGCUACACUGUGAUUUGAUAAAUGCAUUAUCAAUAUUUAGUCUAUAACCUGAAGGGAAAUAAACUGAAGAGAAACUGUUAA